AUGUCAGAUCCAAACUUCCCACCGAACCUGAACAUCAGCCCUCUUCUAUUUUACAAUGACGAAGAUGCAGAUCAAUCUCGUCAGAAAAUUGCAAUCAAGACUUAUGGCAUAGCUGGUCGAGUUUGGGAGGCUACGAGACCGUUGCUUGAAUACUUUACGCCAUCUACUCAAUUUGAACCUCCUUGUUCGCUGUUCCAAGAAGACCAGGUGUACCGGAUACUUGAAUUGGGUUCUGGUCAAUCAGUCGCGUCUCUUCAUCUAGCUGAUUAUCUGAAAGAAGAAGACUUGGUUGUAACUACGGACCUUCCCGAGGUUAUGCCUCUAUGUGAACAGUCCAUUGCAGAUUGGGCUCCCUCAAAUUCCAAGCACGGUCGCGUGAUUGCACAGCCGCUGGCAUGGGGCGAUACAUCUCGGACACUUGCUCUAGAGGAAUCCUUUUUCGACUCUUUUUCUCUAUACUUUCACAUGGCACCUGUACGAGGAGGACAUUGGGAUGCCAAGGUUUUCAUAUGUAAACGCUGGACAGUAUCGGAAGAAUGGACAUUACCGGACAUUAAAGACGUCAUGAAUGGAGGAAAAGGUGUCCUUCGAGGUAGAAGUUUUACUUUGGUGGAUGAUUUAUUCGGAUCACUGGAAUGGGAUAUAUCAUAG